AUGGUGUUUGCAUACGUAACGUUACUCUUGAAUUCAGGGUAUCUUCCAGGAACACUCACAUUGGCUAAGUCUUUGCAAGAUACAAAGAGUGAGAUCCCAUUGGUACUACUUUUUUCGAAAAAUAACAUCAACACGAGUGUCUUUGAGCUCAUUGUUAAUUGCGGCUUCUUUCACAGGUUAAUAAAUGUUGAUGAAUAUUUAAUCAAGUCAAACAAUGAAUUCCAACUAGUGGAUUUGUUAAAAAGAAAGGACUUGAUGUACACUCUAACUAAAUUGAAUAUAUGGAGAUUGGUUGAUUAUGAUAAGGUUGUGUACUUGGAUUCGGAUAUUCUAGUACAACAAAACAUAGACAAUUUAUUUGAUUAUGUUCCUGAGAUGUCAGAAUACCAGAUACUAGCUGCGUCGGAUUCGGGUUGGCCAGAUAUUUUUAAUUCGGGAUUGUUUGUUAUUAAACCUAGUGUUGAUGUUUUCAAUCAGUUGAUGCAAUUCUAUAAAUCUCAUGACUCUUUUGACGGUGCUGAUCAAGGCCUGUUGAAUGAAUUUUUUAAUUUACAAAGUGAUAAAACUGCUGGACUGUGGUGCAGAUUGCCCUUCACUUAUAAUUGCACUCUCAAUUCAAACUACGAAUAUCUACCGGCAAUGAUCAGAUUCAAGGACGACAUAAAGGUCUUUCAUUUUAUAGGUAUGAACAAACCAUGGAAAAAUCACAACCUCUGUUUUGAUCCUGUAUACGCUAGAAUAUUCAAUAAUGAAACAACCAAUUUGUAUCAAUUAUGGUGGGACAAGUUUAACAGUAUUAAUUUAGAUAAUGUAGAUAAUGUUGAGAUUUUAGAAAUUGCUGGCCAAUUGCAGACUCGGUUAGACAUUGAUACAUUGACAAUUUCAACACCUACUUCUGACGAACCAACGCAAACUGCUGAUGAACCUGUCAAUCACCACUUUGAGGAAAAGGCUGUUAAUCAUCGUCAUAAUGAGAUUAAUAAUCCAUUUUUGUCGCCUCAAACUGAACAAAUCGAAAACUUACACUUCCCAACUUUCUACUACAAAAAGCCAUCUACUGAGCCUAUCAAAGAUGAGAGUGGUAAAGGUGAAGCUUGGAAGAUGUGUGAAAGUAAGGUUGAAUGGUCUGACGAGAAGGGAAACGAUCCUGAAGACGGGAGGACGACGGUUUUGGAGAGCCCAGCCACUUUGGUUCAAGAGGAGCCACUAUCGCAAGUUGAUAGGUAUAUUCAAUCUCACCCUAUUUUCCCUUGGGAGGAAAAGCAUUUUCCAGUGACUAGAACAUUUAGCAGUGCUACAAAAUUUGAACCGCCAAAAUAUAAUAUUUCUAUUGCUGAGGAUAACAGUGAUCCAUCCGAAGAAGAAGAAUAUGACGAGUGUAUUGAUGGUAGACUGCUUGGUUUUGAUAAUGGAGAUAGGUUUGAAGAGUAUAUCAAUAAAGUCAACUUAAAGACAAUAGAGAAAGUGCAGGAGUCUGAGAAAGAGCUUGAGAUUGAAAACGAGAUGGAAAAUGAAAUUGAAGAAGUUGUAGAUGUGAAUGAGGAGGGCUUGGAGCUAAGUAAGGAAGAUGCCAGAGUUAUUGAAGAUCUAGAAAACGAAGAAAACAACAUUAUCGGCCAAACGUAA